UCAGCUCAGCGCCUCUUCUUCGUGUAGUGUUGCUGCCUGCUGCGUGUCGGAGGAUGUCUGACAACGCAGAGUCUCCUACAGAAAACCAAAAAGAUGAUCCGUCGAUACAACACGCUGCCACUGAACACACGGGAGGGUCGGAUGAGAAGAAAAAGAUUGAUGUGCUUUUGAAAGCAGUAGGUGAUACGCCUAUCAUGAAGACCAAAAAAUGGUCGGUGGAAAGAGGGAGGACAGUACAGUCCCUCGCUCAGUUUAUCUCACGCUUUCUCAAACUGGAGCCUAGUGAACAACUGUUCAUUUAUGUCAACCAGUCUUUUGCUCCCUCACCAGACCAAGAAGUGGGUGUGCUUUUUGAGUGUUUUGGAAGUGAUGGCAAACUAGUUCUCCAUUACUGCAAGUCCCAGGCCUGGGGAUGAUCGUGCAACCGUUUUUCCUCCCCCUUUCUCCCUUUCAUUCAUACACCUGAUAUACAGUAUCAAAAACAUCACUCACACAUCAUGAUUGUUUUUAUAACUUAUUGAGUUGUCAUGUUAUUUUUUUUGUAAAUAAUAAAAUGUAAAUAAUACUGUA